GAUCCACACGGCAUUCUCUUAGCAACAGAUGUAGCAGCUCGCGGCCUUGAUCUAGCAUCCGAAGCCUCAUCAUUCUCAACUCAAAUAAAUCCUGUUAGUAAGAGGAAUGCUACUACUGCCCAAUCUACUCCAGGUGUUGCGUUAGUGGUGCACUUUGAAGUGCCGCAUACUUUCGAAGCCUACUUACAUCGACGCGGAAGGACCGCUCGUGCUGGUCGAAUUGGCACCAGUCUCGUAAUGAUUUGUCCUGCAGAGGCCUUUUCCUGGCGUCAGAUUGUACGCGAACUUAUCAUGCAUCGCCAGCUUUCUCAGGGAUAUGAUAGGGGUGAUCUUCCUGAAUUACCAUAUCUUCGUCUAAAUUCAAAGGCACCUCCUGGCUUGCGUCAGACUCUUGUUCUUCAGAAUGAACUAAGUGAUGGUCUGCUUGGGUUGGCAAGAGAGGCAGAUCAGUUGCUGCAUCGCGCUACUAAAAGCAAGGCCGAAAUUAAAUGGUUUAAGAGGCAGGCAGUAGAAGCCGACAUCCUACUCAAUGACCAGUUUAUCGAUUCUGAUUCAGAAAGGUAUAACCCUUAUCUGUACAUUUUAGGAGAUCCUUAG